AUGGCAACUCGAGGCCGCAUGUUGGCUCCGCUCUCCACUCGCGACAAAGGAACUCUCUCCAAACCCAAUUCAAACUUGAACGCGCAUGAUGAUGAAAACCAGGUGGUUCCAUUCUCUAUUGAUGGCGAUGACGACGAUCACGUUGAAGAGAAGCAGGAUAACAACACGAGAAAAACGAUCUUACAGAGGAGAUUGUCACCGAAGGCUGCGCGCGAUGACACCAAAGACGCUCGACAACUGAGCAAGCCUGAGCGCGCCUGGGACGACGCAAGUCACGGCUCUGCGUACUCUUCAGACGAAGACUCCGACUCGGAUGACAGUGACGCAGACUACAAUUACAAGGCACGAAGAGCAAGUGAACGACCUGAAUCUUCUUCGCGAGGCAGAAAAGUAUCCCAGCAAUCCGGCGAAGAUUCGCAUAGUGAAUUGGAAGAUGAAUCAGUGAAGCCGUCGACACCUGCUGUUGUUUUCCAAACUCCAGCCGGUACAGCGACAAGUGUGGAUCUGUCUCGACUAUCAAAACUCGCAGUGUUCCCUGGAACGGAGAUGAACCUCGUCCAAGGACACGUUGUACGUGUCAAGACCAUGCUGAGCUCCCAGUACCACUUCUUCAUCAACGACCAGCUCCUUCUAAUGGCUGAGAAGAAGAUGAAGAACCGCACGUCCAACUACCAUCUCUUCGACAUGACACGAUCGGUAGCAGUAUCCUCCAAACUGUCGAAGAAAAGCGGCAACUACAUCGGCAAACUGCGUUCAAAUUUCUCGAAAAAAAAGAUCAUAUUGGUUGGCAAUUUCAGCCGAAAGACGGAGCUUGGAGCAAUGGUAUUUGGAAGCACCUUCAACUCUUCAGAGCCUCGUCGACUGACCGUCAUUCUUCCACCACUUUCAAAGCGUCAAGAGAUCGAAGGCCUCACAGUCGGGGACAGUUUAUCUUCAUUUUCAAUGCUCAUUGAUCUCCAUCGAAGCCUGACGGACGCUGACAUCGCUGUGACUCAUUCUCCCACGCCUCCACAGUCUCUUCAGGUAUUCGAGAAUAAGGAUCCUGUCUUCGAAAAUGGCUUCUAUCGUCUCAAUUUCAAUGGCCGCGUCUCCAUUCCGUCGGUGAAAAACUUCCAGCUCGUUCGAGCGGGACCCGGAGAAGCGCCGAAUUCAGAGCGACCUAUCUACCUCCAGUUCGGCAAAGUAAAUGACAAGAAGUUCCACUUGGAUUUCAAAGCUCCGAUCACUCCGAUCCAGGCGUUUGCUGCGGCUUUAGCGCAGUUUAAUCUCUAA